AUGUUCGAUACGACAGUCUUGGGAUCCUGGAGCGUUAUUCUCUCAGCGGGAGUGGUGGUUUUGACCGGACUUGUUCUCUCGCAACGACGAGGAAACCUGCCCCCCGGACCGAGAGGGUUGCCUAUCAUCGGUAACCUUCUUAACGUCCCGCUCAAGCACCCAUGGCGGGUCUACGCUCGAUGGGCCCAGAAGUAUCAGUCCGACAUUCUUUCACUGAGAAUCCCAGGAGCCACCCUCAUCAUCCUCAACAAAGGCAGCAUCGUAAAUGAUCUCUUCUCGAAACGUGCCCUCAUCUACUCGGACCGACCGCAGUCGACUUUGUUCGAAAUGAUGGGCGUCUCGCGUCUAAUCGUGUUCCAGAACUAUGGCGAAAAGUGGAAAAGCUACCGUAGGACCUUCAAGCAUGACUUCGAGGCAGAGACCAACUCUGCGAGUCGAUCUCAUGAAUUGGCCGCCUCUCGUCGUCUGCUCCGUCGUCUUUUGAAGACCAAGAACCACGAGAAGGAACUUCGUCUAACUGCUGGCGAUGCCAUCCUCUCAGUCACAUAUGGCCUUUCACCAAGCGGCGAAGACGACUCUUAUGUCGCUCUUGCGGAUGAGACCAUGACUCUGCUCGCCGAUGUUGGGCGUGGUGGAUUCAUCGUCGAUGCUCUGCCUAUCCUCAAGCUUCUUCCUUCCUGGUUCCCCGGUGCAGGCUUCAAGGACAAAGUUGCCAGAGGGGCCAAGCUCGUCGAUACAGCCAUCCGCACCCCCUUCGAAACCGUAAAGGCAGAAAUGGCUACAGGCAACUUCAAAUCCUCCGUCGCGUCUCGCUAUCUCGCGUCCCUGGACGACUUCACCAACACGCCUGACAAGCUCGUCGACGACAUGCGCAACGUCCUCGGCAUCGCCUACCUCGGAGGUGCCGACACGACCGUUGCUCAGCUCUGCUCCUUCACCCUCGCCAUGCUGCUCUACCCCGAAGUCCAGAAGAAGGCACAAAAAGAGCUCGAUGCCGUCCUCCACGGCAGGUUCCCCGACUUUGGCGACUACGGCAAGAUUCCUUAUAUCGAGGCCAUCGUCCAUGAGGUGCUGCGCUGGAACCCGAUGACCCCACUCGGCGUGUUCCAUGUGCUUAACCAGGACGACUCGUAUGAGGGAUACGUGUUCCCCAAGGGAUCGAUUUGCGUUGCGAACGUGUGGGCCAUUCUGCACGAUGAGGAGCUGUAUGGACCGAAGCCCGACGAGUUCAUCCCUGAACGGUUCUUGAACAAGGAUGGGACGAUCAACCCCAAGCGUGCAGACACCGACGCAGCCUUUGGUUUCGGGCGGAGGAUAUGCCCUGGUCGAGUUAUCGCCCGCGAGUUUGUCUGGAUUGCCGUCGCUCACCUCCUCACUGCCUACGACAUCGUCGACGGUACGGAUAAGGAUGGCAAGCCACUCGACCGCGCCAAGAUCGAGUACACGAGCGAGAUGAUUAGUUUCGCGCCUCACGUCAACUGCACCUUCCGUCUUCGGCCCGGUGUUACUGAGGGUAUGAUUCACGAUGCGAUUGAGGCUCUGUGA